GAGACAAACGUGGCGGGAAGAUAGCACAACCAGAAACACAAAAACAACCGAACGUCACCACGUAGCCAAAUGUUGUCGGUACACCGCUUUAACCGCAACAUCUUCCAUUAACCCUACUUCCACCCAAAUCUCUUACAUUAUACUUUCAAUAUCGCCAAACUUUUGUUUCCUCCAAUCUUCAAUCUUCAGUUCUUCAAAUCAUUAUUUUGUACACACCAAAACCGUGUAAAAAUGGGUAAAUCAGUGGUUAUUAUGUUGUUAAUGCUAACCGCAAUCGCGACGGUUUGCCGGAGUGCCAACGAAGCUGAAAAAGGCGUCGAGAAUGUAAAAGAAAAGGUGGGUGAUGUUGCAGAGAAUGUGAAGGUGACAACAGAAGGUGCUUUGAAUGAGGCCAAGGAUAAGAGUGGUACAUGGGCAGAUUGGGCUGUUACUAAAGUCACCUCGGGUCUGGGUAAAGGAAGUGCUCAUAGUGCUGUGGAUAAAGCUGGUGAUGCUGCAUCAAAGAGCACAUCUGCAUUGAAUUCUGCUGCUUCUGAAUCUUCUAAGUAUGUUUCUGAGAAGACAGGCGAGGUGGGAAGCAUGGCAUCAGAGAAGGCAGGUCAAGCCAUUGGCAUGGCUGGUGAUGCGAAAGAAGAUGGCAACGCGAAAGCAAAUGUCGCGUAUGCAUACAUCACUGAACUAGCACAUGAAGCCAUGAAAAAAGCUCAAGCUUUCGCUGGGGUGGUUGAAGAAACAGCUGAAGAGAAAGGGAAUUACGCAUAUGAUUCUGUGACCGACGGGGCUGAUAAAGCAAAGCGCUUAGGGUCAGAUGCGGCCCAAAAUGCCAAAGAAACAGCAAGUGAUAAGGCAUCUGACGUAUACGAUAAAGCGGAUCAAAAAAUACGAAUGGCUACGGAUAAAGGUUCUGAACUCAAAGCGACGAUGGACGGAGCGAUGGCGGAUGGUAAAAAUAAAGCACAAGAGAAGGCUGGCGAAGCUAAAGAUUCUUUUAACAAUGCAAUGUCUCAAGGAAAAGACCAAGCUUCUGAUACAUUAGGUGCAACUAAAGCUAAGGCUGAAGACUCUUAUGAGGCUGCUAAAGGAAAAGCAUCAGAUGCUGCAGGGAAUGCGUAUGAUGCGGCUAAGGCGAAGGUUGAUGACUCUUCGAUUUCGAUGGACUCGAUGAAGGAGCAGGCUAAGGAAACUUAUGGGGCUGCUGCAGAUGCGACCAAAGCCAAGGUCGACGACUCUUCGGCUGUGAUGAAGGAGCAGGCCAAGGAAACUUAUGAGGCGGCUAAAGGCAAAGCAUCAGAUGCUGCAGGGAAUGCAUAUGAUGCGGCGGGCUCGAUGAAGGAGCAAGCCAAGGAAACCUAUGAGGCUGCUAAGGAAAAAACAUCAGAUGCUGCAGGGGAUGUAGGAGCAGCAAUGAGUUGAUAGAAUAUAUGGAAAUCCAACAUGUAUGUGUUAGAUUAUUGUAGGUUCUUUGUUCUACAAAGGCAAGCAAUACAUGAUUCCUUUCUUGUUGGA